AUGGCUGAUGAAGCAGCCUCCGUUGCCUCUAAUAUUCUACAUAACAGCACCAUCGACAAAAUAUCAUCCUAUGAUAUUUUUACGUCCGUCAAAAAUAAAAUCCUUUUGUCAUGGCAACACCACUGGGACUCCAUUCAGCCUACCAACAAACUUAAACACAUAAAAUGUUCUGUGAAACAGUGGUUUACACCUCCGGACCUCAACCGACGUCAAAAUAUUGCCAUCACUCGUAUUAGAAUCGGCCACACCUUUCUCACACACUCCUUCCUAAUCAGUAAAGAUCAACCCCCUAUAUGCAACACAUGUCAAACCCGGAUCACCAUAAGACACAUUUUUGAAGAAUGCCCAAUACACGAACCAACCAGCACUCUUCUCAACCUCCCACUCAACAUCAAAGAAGCUCUAAAUGAAGAACAUACUUUAAAAACUAUCGAAUUCAUCACCAAAGACAACCUUAUUAACAAAAUAUAG